AGUUAGUUGCGACGUAUGACAUCCUCGGCGUAUAUUUUGUGACUCUCGGGUGAAUUAGGUCUUUCAUCUCGAUAUUUGCCGCCUCUCUUGUUUUAGUGUUGUGAAGUUUUAGUGUUGCAUGGAUUUGGGUGUACCGGUGCCUAAUUUGCAACUGGACUUAUCCUGUGGGUAUGUCACUUAGUUUUCUUCAUUCACCGCAGACACACGGCACCACUCUGGACCGAUGGCGCUUCCGUACUCUUGAGGAGGAACAUCCGAUCCUCCAACAGUUUUUUAGUAUUGAAGAUACAAGAGCCAUAACGCAACACUUGCUCUUGGCGCAACAGGCACUUCAGGAACCAACACUGGAGCGCCUCGAGCGUCAUCACGUACCGCACCCACGUCGGGCGAUGUCUCCAAACCAUCGCCCGUCUCCUCCAACGCUGCCAGCUUCCGCUUUUCAUCCUGCUGCUAGAUUACCGCCAACGAUGUCUCCUCAUCAAAAGCAUCCUCUGAACUUCAUUAAGUUGCCGACACCAAACGGACCUAUAUCAUCAAAUUCACCACCAAGUAGCAUCACUGCAUCUUCUUUGAAUUCUUCACCUUUAAAUCGACUUCAAAAUAUGCAACACUUCAAUUUUCGAAAACUUGGAGCAGGCUUGUCCGCAUUUCCCACACGAGUAAGUCCCGAACAAAGAAGGAUGUCUGAAAAUGAAUCCUUGGGAUUGAAUCUUACCAGGGCAACAUCUAUGUCAUCCUGUCUACCGCCGCCUCCUCCACCACCAUCAUCACGAAGCCAUCCAACGUCAGAUUUAGUUGCAGCUUCUGUGAAUUCUCUUGCAGCUGCUGGUUUAGUAGCUUCUACCUUUCCUGGUCUGAUGUCAGCUAGAAUGUCGACGGGAAGUAAAUCUCCUUCUAGUGCUGAUGUUUUAAGUAGUGGUAAUACAAAUAGUGAAGAAGAUGAUGAUGGUGAUGAAAAUUCUCAUAGCGUUUUAAAUCUAAGUAGAGACAGGGACGCUCUAAGAACUCCUAGACAAAAUCGCAUUUUACCGGGUCGAAAACCGUCCACGCCCACAAAGCGAACGUGGGGCUCGCCUAAUUUACCUCUUAAUUUAGGAACUCAAUUCAUUAAUCCAGCUACUGGGAAGAAAAGAGUUCAAUGUAACGUUUGUUUGAAAACAUUUUGCGAUAAAGGUGCUUUGAAAAUACAUUUUUCCGCAGUUCACUUACGCGAAAUGCACAAAUGUACAGUGGAAGGAUGCAAUAUGAUGUUUAGUUCAAGAAGAUCGCGAAACAGGCAUAGCGCUAAUCCUAAUCCAAAGCUACAUUCACCUCACCUGAGAAGAAAAAUUUCACCUCAUGAUGGCAGAAGCUCUCAAGCCCAUCCUAUACUGAUACCUCCACAACCGGGACUUUCUCUUCCUGCAGCAGCAGCUCUAAGUCCAUUGAAUCCUUUUGGACCAUUUCCUCUUUUAACUCCACCCCCAGACAUGAAAUAUCACUCAUUGCCGUCUAUGGACUUUAAACAAACUUUAGAUUUGAGCAUUCAGCGAAUGAAAGAAAAUAAAGUUGCUUAUGCAGAUUUUGUUGCAAGUCAAUCACUACAUCACCAACAGCAUUCUGAAGAAGAUGACGAUGAUGAUGAUGGAAUCGUGGUUGUCGGAGGAGACGAAGAAGAUGAUCAAGACAAAGAUAGAAGAGAAACAACCAAUGGUACAAAUAACGUCCAAGAAGUACCUGAAGAUUUAGUAAUGCCCGCUAAAAAACAAAAAAUAUCUGUAUCGGACGUAGAUGAAGACAUGACAAGCAAUAUCGACAGCAACGAAGAUUCGCUUAGUGUAGUUGAUACGCAAAGUCUUAAAGAUGAACCUAGUAUUCAAAUAAAUAAACGAAAGAGAAAAAGCCAAAAUCCAACUAGAUGUGCAGUACCUGUAAUGAUGGAGGAUGCUACUAGUGACGGAGAUUCUUCUAAUGAUGUUUUUUCCGAAAGAUUAGCUGAUCAGGUAAAACAAGAACAAGAAGAAAAAGAGGAAAAAGAAAAAAUAGUAAAAAUUGAGGUAGUACCUGUAGAAACCAAAAAAGAAAUAGAUAUGUCUGAUACUCCUUUAGAUUUAGGAAAACCAAGUCCUGAUGUAAAUGCAAAUGAAACAGAAAAAGUGCUUACUACAGAAAUUAAAACAAGCAUAGCCCCAUUGUUUACUAUAGAUAAACUCAAAAAAGAAAAACCUCAUCAAGAGCUGGAAGUUCAAGAUGAACCAGAAGAAAGACCAGCUAGCUCGAUUGAAAGCAAUAAAAGUGACGAAUCAUUUGAUUCGACAAAUCCGUUAAGGCAACUAGAAAGCCUUUCACAUGGGCCAUUUAACGAAUUCAUGGCUAGAGGAUUACACUUAGGUUUACCAGGUCAACCUCCUCCAUUUCCUCCUUUGGGGUUUAUGAUGAGUGCUGGCCCUCCAAGCCCUACUCGAUCUCAAACAUCUUCUGGAGAUAGUAGCAAUGGUAGAGAUUCUCCAGAUGAUAACAGUCAGCACCAAUUGUUUGGACAUUUCGAUAAUGGUCAGUUUAUUAGUGGUAUGGACGUUCCAGUAGAUAAAGAUAAUCCAAGAAGAUGCACUGCAUGCGGUAAAAUUUUCCAAAAUCAUUUUGGGGUUAAAACGCACUAUCAAAAUGUUCAUUUAAAACUAAUGCAUAAAUGCAAUGUUGAUGGAUGCAAUGCAGCUUUUCCGUCAAAACGGAGUAGAGAUAGGCAUAGUGCAAAUUUAAAUUUACAUAGAAAGCUUCUUUCUACAUCUUCCGACAAAACUGCUGCUGCAUUAUUUUUAGAGAAAUCUCCAUUUGCAACAUUAACGAAUCCAGCAAUACAUGGAGAUUUCCUUACAAGAUUAUACACUGAUGAAGCUUUAAAAGGACACCAUUUACCUCCUCCUAAUCUAGACCAAUUAAUCCUUAAUGGUGACCGAAUACCUCACCCCCCACUUUUGUUUCCUCCUCUGGGUGGUCUACCGUUUCCUCUAGGAAAUUUCAACCACUUUAGCCAAUUUAAUGGAUCAUCAUUAUCUACAACGCACAAAGAACGUUCCUCCAGUUCCAAUUCGCCAGUCUCUGGCUCACCUCCACCAGCAAAUUUGUCUUCUGCUCCAACCAAAUAUAUCCACUGUGUCGAAGAAGAUCUUCCAACACCUGAUAAAGAAAGCAAUCUUCCAUGUCGACUGUGCAAAACCGCUUUUAGUACUGCGUCACAACUUAAAGACCAUUGCGAGAAGCACCAUAUAUCCGAAAUGUUUAAGUGUACUGUGAUGGGUUGUCCUAAACUGUUCCUAUCGCGAACGAGAAGAAACAUCCAUUCGGAGAAUGAGUCUCUUCAUAUUAAAUCCCCAUCAAAAGAGACUGAACAUUCGUGACCUUUAAAGAAUACACUUGACUUUAGUGCGAUUCCACUGUGGUGGUGAUUUGAUAGUACCUACUUAUCAACGAUGUCUUAGUCGCCAGAAUAUGGUUGUCAUUAAUAUCUAGAAUCUUUACUUUUCUAAAAAUUAUUAAUAUCGACACUAUUAUAAUAUUAAACAUACUCGUUAAGAGAUAAGUGUAGAGAAAUACUUAGCCCCUUAUAUUUUUGUUGCUCACAAUCACUAUCACAAACGUAUAAACUGUCUGCUAGUCUGUAUGCUUAAAAGCAAAUAUUCAAAAGUUCGCCCAAUGAAAAUGAAGAAUAAUGUCAUUGCAUAAUUGGCAUAAUGGCCCAGUGUCAGAUUGAUUUUUAUGAUACAGCUAUUAAUUUAUCCUGGAAUAUUGCAUAUCAGUAGGUAUAUAAUAUCCAGAUAAUAUAGCAAGCAAUGGCGUAACAAACUCCGUCGCCCCCCCCCCCCGCACAAUUGAAAAUGGGGCCCCCUUUAAAAAAUUACCAAAUGCGACAUGUGUAACAAAUACCUCUAUGUGUUACAGCCCAGUAAAUGAACGUAAAAUAUGUCGAUACCGUGUAAUUUCUAGAGUCAUCACCGAAGUGGUCAACUCAAGACUUUUCGAGUUAUUUAUGAGUAAAAAUGUUUGUUGUUUAGCAAAAAAAACAACAGUUUAGGCGAUUUUUCGCAAAUAGUUCAAAGAGUAAGUAUUUGAUCAAAAAGAACAUUGUUAGUAAAAAUGUAGCUCAUAAAAAAAUUAAACAAAAAUGAAGUCUAUCGAUCGAGUAAAAGAAAAGCUGUAGCUCAUGAAAAGUUUUUCUUAUUCGUCAAAUUUCAAAUCGAAUAUUUCAACGUGAAAUAACCAAAAAAUAAAAUACUUUUCGGGGAAAACUCAUUAGAACUUUUUUAAAGAGUUUAAAAAAAGUUUUAUUUUUAUUUUUUACAAAAGUUUCUAGCGCCAAACUAAGCCAGUUACGCUCAAAAUACAGUUAAUCCCAUUUUUUGGUAAAAAAUUGUGAAAAUCUCCCCUAUUUAGCAUCCGAAAUGAAACGAAUCAUUAUCGCUUUACAAAUUUUUUAACUUUUUUAUAUGACUUGUAAGUUUCACUGGUUCAAAGUGCUUAUUUUUGAAAGGGUUCUAGUUAAAAGAGCUUGAACGAGUCACUAAUCACGAAUAUACGCAAAUUUUAAACAUUAAUAACCAAUUUUUGUCUUACAGAAUAACAAAAUAAAGCCAAAAUAUUUAUAAAAGCAAAACCUACAUUUCUUUACUCUUUGAGAUUUUUCGUAUCACUAAAACUUUUUAUAUGAUGUUGAAAAAAGGUAUUUUUCCAAAAUAGUAAACUUUUUUUACUAUGAAACCAAUUUUUUUCAAAAAUAAGACCUUCGAACCGGUCAAACUUACAGAUCAUAUAAACAAUAAAUAGUUAAAAUAAAUGGUAAAGCUCUAACGAUAAAUUUUAUUUGGGGUGCAAAUAAGGGUAGAUUUUUUUUUACCAAAAAUGGGGCUAACUUUAUUUUAAGCGUAACUCGUAUAGUUCUGGCGCUAGAACCUUUUAUUAAAAAUAAACCUUUUUUUAAACACUUAAACAAAGUUUUAAUGAGUUUUUCUCGAAAAGUGCUUCAUUUUAGUUAUUUAAGGUUGAAAUAUUCGAUUUGGAAUUGGACGAAUAGGAAUAAUUUUUCAUGACCUUCAACUGUACUUUUACUGUGUCGAUAAACCUCAUGAAUAAGUACACCUUUUUUGUAUCUUCUAAGCUAAAUUUUUGCUACAAAUAUUUUUUCGAUAUAUCUAAUAUUAUUUCGAUAAAAUACUUACUUUAGAGUUAUUUUCGAAAAACCUUUCUGAAAACCUGUUUUUUUGUUGAAAAAUAAACAUUUUCACUUGCAAAUGACUUGAAAAGUAUUAACAUAGAUAAAGAAACUCUAUAGAAAAAAAGUUGCUUAUAAUUAGUCAAUUUACACAUUUCUUGACUUAUUUUAAACGUAUGUUUUCACCCCAAGAAGGGAUGUCAUCCCCUGAAGUAAAAGCAACCAACGGCAUAAGUCCAACUUUGAAGUGGAGUGUAACUAGAACCUAAAUCCAAAUUGUCAAGCAAAUACGUCCAUCGUAACGCUGAGAAUUUCACUCCAAAACUGUCAUUUACUUGGUAUAGAAUGGCCUAUUUACUACUUAUUGGUAUAGAAUAAAAUAGAACAAAAAUUACUAAAUGAUUACAUUAGUAUUAUUCUAUGAGAUGAUCAACUUUUUUCGUGCACUACUAUCAGCGAAUAUAAUAUCUACAAUUUUAUUAAUUCGGAUGGGCAACUUCAUUUUCAAUAUUGCACUGUUUAAAAAACGUAUGUAUGCGAAUAAUAUAACAACACAUUUUUACAUAUAUUAGACGACAAGAUGAAACCCCUGACAUAUUGGGGCCCUCCGUAAGCUUCAUGCUGCGGGGGCCUCUGUUACGCCUCUGGAUAAUUAUAUCGAAAUACUAAACGUAGGUAAAGUUGAAAGAGAAAAACCAAUUUUUAGAUUUAGAAAUAUUAUUCUAAAAUUCGGCAAAUGGCAAUUGUCAGAUCUUUCAAUAAUCACGUAAAAAGUAUUAUAGUUGAUUGUCGUCACCAUAAAAGUUCGAGAGACUGGAAAGGAUUAAGUUUCUAGAUAUGAGAUGAUUCACUUGCUGAAUACGCCUAUUUAGACAUUUACGUUUUUAAAUUUAACCACACAACGUAAAAUAAUAUAUAACAUAUUUUUACAUAAUAUCAGACGACAAGAUGGGGCCCCAAAUCGAUUGGGGCCCCCCGCAAGCUUCAUGCUGCGGGGCCUCUGUUACGCCCCUGGUAGCAAGGUUAUGAAAUUGUUUUCUUGUGGCAUGUCUAAUUUAAGAAUUUAGAUGUCAGCAGAAUGCAGCAGGCUGUGGUUGCCACUAAAAGAAGAAAUCAAUAACAAGAACAUACCAACAAUAGAGGAAUGGAAGUCGAAGAAAAAAUCAUAAAAAAUCUCAUCACUAUACAUAUGCAACACACAUCACAACCACCAACAAAAUUAAAAAUUUAAUUUUCAACAAUCACAUCUACGUUACAGAUUACACAAACAAAUGAACACAUAAUAACACACAAAAAUAGUCAGAAUUUGAUACUCCUAGGGCAAUAACAUCAUUCUCAAACAAUUUUUUCAAGCACACAUUGCUGUGGUCCAAAACAUCUAUACGUACCAAAUUUUUCAUUGUUUGAAAAGAAAUAUGUAGGUACCUACAUACCAAAAAAAUCAGGGUAUAAAGAAUCUUCCCAGAUUUUUUUAGAAUAAUUCUUUUCUUUUUUGAGGACGAUUUCUGGAGUGGAAAUCGAAACGUCAAACAUUAAUUAAUUAAAAAUGCAAUUUUCAUUACACCAAUAAUCGUGGCUCAAUCCCACAUAAACCAGAUAUUACAUUCCUUUACGUCGGAAAAAUGAAAGAAUACCCAUGAACGAACAUAUAAAACACACUGUAUUUUCCUGUCUCCGUGUCACAAAGAAAAUUGUCCGGUGCAAGUACAUGUAACAAUAAUUAUUACAUGUACUUGCGCUGGCCAAUUUUUUGUCUGACACGGUGACAGGAAAAUACAGCGUGUUUUAUAUGUUCGUUCAUGGGUAUUCUUUCAUUUUUCCUACUGUAUGUUGUUCUGAAGCUAUUUUCUUGUGACAUGUUAAUGCAAUUUACUAUUUUUAUGGGGAAUAAGCCAUAAUUUUACUUUAAAUAAAUAUAUUUUGACGUUUCGAUUUCCGAUGAGUAAAGCAAACAAGUGUAUAAAAAUAGAUGUUUUCCACAAUACUCACCAAAAAGAUCAAUAUAGUUUUGCAUGUACAGGAGUCUGUUUUCAAAACACUUUUUUAUUUCCAACGAAUAACUAACUUCACAUGAAUCUUAAACUGAUACAAGAUCUUUUUAGACUUAAAGAAAUGUUGAGUUAAAUGAACAGAAAUAAAAAAAGAAGCCACUUAAUACUAAAUCAGGAAUGCAUGGCUGAUUACCAGUCAGUUUGAGUGCUGAAAAUAUCUCUUGUUCGAACCAAACAGUGUGAACUGGUGCUAAUUUUCUGAACAUUUCUGCAAAAUAAAUGGUGGUAGGCCAUUUACAGCGGGUUCUUCAUUGUUAUAAUAUCUCUGUUGAGUUGCCCCCCACCUCGUAGAAAUUAAAAACAAGUACCGCGAAAUUACGAGCUAUUUAUGAGUUUUCAUAUCCCACAGAUUAAAAAUUUUGAGCUUGUUACACUGGACAGGAAUUUAAUAUUUUUUGUGGGGGGCUGACUCAGGCCCCCACUACUUAAAAUAGAGAUAUCGAAUCUAUAUUUGAGAAAGAAUUACGAGCUAUUUAUGAGCUUUUGAAGUGAUAUAGUUUCGAUUUUUGAGUUCAUCACCUUAACGCCCAAACAACCUUUUAAUUAAUCUAACUCAAGAGAAAAAUGUUAAGAAAAAUUAAAAUAUAUCGUAUCGCGGAUAUAAUUCGUAUAGCGAAUAAAUUCUAAGAAAAAAAAUAUCAAAUAUUCCUACAAAAGAAAUUGUAAUUCAAUAAUCGAAAUGCGCGUAUUUUAAGAGUAAGAAUGUACACGUAAUACGAAUUAUAUCCGCGAUACGAUAUAUUUUAAUUUUUCUCAAAAUUUUUCUCUUGGGUGGAUCAAUUAAAGGGUCGUUUGGGGGUUAAGGGGAUGAGCUCAAAAAUUAAAACUAUAUCACUUCGAAAGCUCAUAAAUAGCUCGUAAUUCUGCUGCAAAGAUCGAUUCAAUAUCUCAAUUUUUAAGUAGUGGGGGGCUGAGUCAGUCCCCACAAAAAAAAUAUUAAAUUCCUGCCUAGUGUAACGAGUUCAAAAUUUUUAAUCUGCUGGAUACUUUUACUUACUUAAUCCAGAACUCGUCUACCUUUCGGUGUGAGUUGUUACAGAGUUAGGUUCUCCGUCGUUUUCUUCCACAUUUCCUUCCAUUUCCUUCUAUCCAUGGCCAAUGCUUUUGUUUCCUCCCAUUUUAUUCCUCUUUUGUCGGCCGCUUCCCUCACUUCUUCUGUCCACGUCUUUCUUGGUCGUCCUCUCUUCUUUCUUCCCAUAUGUCUCGCUUCAUAUAUCUGUCUUACUUUUUUUUUCUUCUCCUCUUCUCAGUACAUGUCCGAGCCAUCUAAGUUGUCCUUGUUCGAUUGUUGUUGUAACUGGGUGUAUUUUCAGAUUUUGUCUAAAGGUUUGAUUUCUAAUUUUAUCUUUCCUUGUUUUUCCCUCUAUUGUUCUCAAAGAUCUCAUUUCUGUGCUUAUUAGUCUAUUUUUUUGCCUUUUUGUUAAUGCCCAAGAUUCACAGGCAUAGGUUAGAGUGGGUUUCACAAUCUUUUUUACUAUUUCGAUUUUUAUAUUCUUAGGUAUUUCUUUAUUUUUUAAAAAGUUACUCUUAAUACUAUUGUACAGCUUACCAGUCUUUUCAAUUCUUUCAUUUAUCUCAUCUUCUAAUUUUCCAUUCCGGCUUAUGAUUACCCCCAAAUACUUAUAUCUGUCUACCUGUUCAAGUUGCUUGCCAUCUACUUCUAUUUUGUGUUUUCCGUUUUGUCUUCCAAUUAUCAUUGUUUUUGAUUUUUCUUUGUUUAUUUUUCAUGUUUCUGAUUUUUAGCUCUUCAUACAAUAUGUUUAAAUUUUCUUGUAAUUGUUUUUCUGACUCCCCAAUGAUCACCAGGUCGUCUGCGUAGCAUAGUUCUGUCAUUUGUAUCAUUCUCAACUUCCAAUAUCCUACAUUAUAUUUUCUCCAUUUGUGUUUGCAGUUUUUUUUUACGUCAUCUAGUACUAGGUUAAAGAGUAGUGGACUCAGGACACAACCCUGUUUUAAUCCAAUGUUGCUGUCGAAUACUUUUGAUUUUUCAUUUCUUGUCCUUACAUAGCUUUUCGUUUUUUCAUAUAAACUCUGGAUGCAUCCUAUUAGACCUUGUUCAAUUUUUCUCUUCUCUAGUAUUUUCCAAAUAUCUUCUCUUUUAAUUCUGUCGAAAGCUUUUUCCAUAUCUAUGAAACAUGCAUGUAUUUCUUUUUCUGUUUUAAAACCUUUUUCUAUUAUUUGUCUGAUUAUGAAAAUCUGAUCAUUCGUCCCUCUUUCUUUUCUGAAACCACUCUGGCUCUCCUCAAAGGUGUUCUCUAGUUUUUCUCUUAGCCUGUUUUCUAGUAUACUAGCAUAAAGUUUUCCUACUGUGCUUCCUAGUGUUAUUCCUCUAUAGUUUGAGCAUUCUUUGCUAUCUUCUUUUUUAUACAAUGGUGUUAUAAUGCCUAUCUGCCAGUCUAGUGGUACUUUCUUCUCUUUCUUAGCUUGGUUCAUGAUGUUUAAUAAUUCUUGUUGUCUUUCUUCAUUCAUAUAUUUGAACAUUUCUGCAGUUAUAUCGUCAUGUCCUGGUGCUUUUCCCAGCUUGAUUUUGUUGAUUGCAUUUGUUAAUUCUUAUUGUGUUAUAUUUUCUAUCUGUUCCUGUUGCUCUUGUGGGGUGUGUUGAUUUUUGUUUUGUUCUAACUUAUUUCCUUCUACUUGUUCCACUUCCAAGAGUUCUUCAAAGUAUUCUCUCCACCUCUCCAUAAUCUCAUUCUCUUCUGUGAGUAUGGUUCCAUUCUUAUCCUUCACGUUUUUCAAUGUAUUUGGUUUUGGUUUUCUCAUGCUCGUAAGUGUGUUAUAGAACAAUUUCUGGUUUUCACCGAAUGCGUCUGUUAAUUUAUUUCCAAAUUCUACCCACGUUCUGUCUUUGUUAUUUUUAACCAUCUGUUUAACUUCUGUUCUUUUCUCCUUGUACUUGUCAUAGCUUUCUUGCUUUCUGUCUGUUAAGUAUUUUUUCCACAGUUGUUUCUUUUCUUGUACUAUUUUUUCUAAGUCCUUUGUUGUAAAUUAAAAUAUAUCGUAUCGCGGAUAUAAUUCGUAUAGCGUAUAAAUUCUAAGAUAAAAAAAAAUCAAAUAUUCCUACAAAAGAAAUUAUUGCAUCAAUAAUCGAAAUGAGCGUAUUUUAAGAGUUUGAAAGGUAUACGUAAUGCGAAUUAUAUCCGCGAUACGAUAUAUUUUUCUCAAAAUUUUUCUCUUGAGUGGAUCAAUUAAAGGAUCGUUUGGGGGUUAAGGGGAUGAGCUCAAAAAUCAAAACUAUAUCACUUCAAAAGCUCAUAAAUAGCUCGUAAUUCUGCCGCAAAGAUCGAUUCAAUAUUUCAAUUUUUAAGUAGUGGGGGGCUGAGUCAGUCCCCACACAAAAAAGUAACGAGCUCAAAAUUUUUAAUCUACUGGAUAUGAAAUCUUAUAGAUAGCUCGUAAUUAAGCGCUAUUUGUUUUUUAAUAUCUGGGGGCAGCUCAACAGGGAUGUUCUACCAUGCAGUGGUGACAUAUUCGAUUUUACUGACAAAUACUAGUUCAUUUGCAAUACAUUUUUGUUGAAUUUAGUCCAUCAUGGAAUUCCUUUUAGUCCAUCAUUCACUCGACGGAUCUUUAGUUUAAGGCUCAUGAGCACACAUUAAUCAUUUUUAUCUGUCACAAUUUUAUGAGAUUCAUAAUUCGAGCCUGUUUGAGCGAUUGCCAAAUUAUGUCAGAUUAAAAAGUUUUUUUGUUUAUAUAAAAUCACUAAUGUCUCAAAUAUAGCAGAGAUAAGCAACAAUGAUUCAAAUUUAAAGAUCAUAGUUUUAUAGUAUCUAUUUAAUUAGUCAGGGAAUCAAAGACAACCAUAUUCGGGUGUGACUAAGCUGAUUUAAUAUAUGUGAUUUUUAGAAUAGUUCAUUCUUCUGAAAGCCAGUUCUGUAUACUUAUUUAUUUGAGAGAAUCUGCACUUAUAUUUCUUUAGUUAGAGACUUGUUUUAUUAAUUUUAUCAGCCAGUUUGGUGAAUACUCAAUUGUAUAUAUACUAUUUAGCCUAGUGAUCUCUUUUUUAGUUGUGAUUUUGCAAAAGCUAUGUUUAUAUUUGCAAUUGCAAAUAUGAAAAAUCCGUUAUCAGAGGUGCAAGAACGAACCAAGCAAACUGUAAUAACCGGCUAAGUUCAACAUAAAAGCUAUACAAUUAAUAAUGUUGCAUUAAUUGGAAAUCAAUUUGAUUUAAAUUGUUGAUUACAUACUAAAAAGUAUUAAAUUAACCGACUUAUAGUCUAUGAAAAUAGAUCAAACUAUCCGAGAACUACAUGUGUAUUAGCUGCAAGAUAGUCCGCAAUAGCCCGCCAUAUCUGCCAAUAGCCUGAGUUGGCAGAUAGACUAAUGAGUGCUGAUUGAUGAUCCCCUUGACCGACGUUACUUGUAUCCUUAUCCGAUUAUGAUUUAACUGAACCUACAUUCAAUUGACAACUUAAACAUUUUAAUGUCAAGUAUUUAAAUCUUUACCUCUAAUAAGACUUGAUUGCCGGAAAUCCACUUUCACACAAGGACUGACCUACCCAGUCAGUAAAGUUAACCCAAACAGAGAAUUUCACUUAUUUCCUACAUGGAUGGACCAAUGGACAAAAAUGACUCAAUUAAAAACCAAAUAGUAAAAUUAGAGAGAACUGAAAGAACCUUUAUUUACUAUACUACUUAAUUAUUUUCCUACACGAAUUAAAGAAGGAAACAGAUAAACGCAAACAAAACUUUAUAAGAAAUGGUUUCAGAAAAUGAUAAGACAUCGUCUAAAAGAUUGCCAGAAAUCUUAUAGUGGUAAUAAAUAUAACAGUGUAAUAAUAUUUGAAAUAACCAGUACAACAAAAUAUCAUUAAUUUAAAACAUUUGAUGAUGAAUAAUAAGGAACAAAAAAUUUAUCUAUAGAGUCCCGUAUGAAUACGAAAAAAGAAACUUUUUGUUGUCGGGAUGACACUUAAAAAAUGUUUAAAAUGUGAAUUCCUUGUCCAGUUUGUUAUUAUAUUAAUGACUAAAGGAUAAAUAAAUCAAGGCAUAUUAGGAUAAUGUUACAUUUAUAACCGUAAAAAAGGAAAGGCACGCCAGGUAGAGAGCUGAAUUCAAUGAGGUGGCUUUUGGCCUAUUCCACUGCAACUGUUUCAGAUCUAUUGUGGUCUUCUAGCCCUAGAUUACAUUCUCUAGCCUGAUACUUUUAAAAGGUCUAAUAACUUCGAGGCUGAUUCUUUCAUGUAGCUCUUUGCCGGUGACUAUUCUUCGCCUAAUGCAAAGAACCACACAAUUGCCAGACUGACACACUUAUAAAAUUAUGCUCUGCUGUUGAGGUCUGCUGCAUUGGUCAUCAUCUGCCAAUUCCAUCAGCAUCAAUUGCCUAUUCAGCGUAGUUUCCUGUUAGCAGACCUACUAUGGCUUUGACUGUGUUCCAGUCUACUUAUUACGUCUACCGUAAAUUUUGGCCAAUGUUCUGUAAGGCACUGUUUCUUCUGUUUUUCUUUUAGCGAAUUCCUCCACCAUUCAAGAGAUUUGUAAGCUACCCACUUUCUUGUAUCCUUUCUGGUUACUACCUUUGCAACGUCGCAGAAGGGUUCCGGUCCAACGAAUUAUAUUGAUGAGCCUUGUUUGGCAAUUUCAUAGCCAUUAUGACCCUCGUGCACCGGUACUCAGGCUACUUUAACUUUGCUAUGCUCUCCUAGUUUAUUCAGGGCACCCACACAAUCUCAUACUAGCUUAGAAUUGACCUCUACUGAAUUGAGUGCCUUAAGCGCUGCCUGGCUAUCUCUGAAGAUGGCAAUUGUACAGUACGAUAUUUUCUGCCUUUCUUAUUCUUCCACACAGUGAUGGAUUGCCGUUAUUUCCCUCUGGAAAAUUGUGAUAUCCUUAGAUAGACUCACCGGCAGAUCUAUUCUUUGCUUUGUCCCUACUAUACCUACUCUUACACCCUCCCACCAGCUAGACAUAUUGGUUCAAAAAUUGCUGUUUUGUGACAUGUCUGAGAUUAAAUCUGAAAGUACAUGCAAACAAAUGAAGUUAUUAAAAACAUGGUAUUUUUAUUGUGUAAUUCGUGGAUUGUAGUAACUGAAUUCGUUUGGCUUAUAUUUUGAGCUUAGUCGGAUUUAAAAGAAGCUGGUAGUGACAAGGAUGUACCGCAUCUAUUUUCUGUCAAAAUACAUGUUGCUUAAAAUUUAUAAAUAACUCAUUCAUACGUAUAGCAAUCGAUGUAUAAUCCCAUAUAAUCAACAGGUGAUACAAGUUAGUAAUCUCAAAAAGAAUGUAUAUUUAAUGUGCAAUAAUUUUGUAAAUAUGCUAUAGUGCUUGUAAAUGUAUAGAUGUAAAUAUACCAACAAUGUUAACCGAAAGGUAUCCAAUUGUUCCAUUUUAAAUCAAUGUAUACGAAAAUAUUUUAAAACCUCAAUAUAUUUGUUUUUUUAUAAAACGACUACAAUGCUUCUAUCCACACGAAUUCAAACUUAUUUUAAAAUAUAAAAUACUUACUCUUUAAUAGGGUUCUAAAUCUGUUGACUUGUGGCAUGUUUGAGUUAAAUGUUGUGUUUAUAUGGGAUUAGCCACAGUUAGGUUGUAAUGACAACUACAUUUAACUAAAAAUACUUGGUGUUUCGAUUUACACUGCAGAAAUCGUUAUCAACAGAAAUUAAGAACAAUAAUUUGUUGAUAAGGUGUGUACAAUACAACCGCCAAUUGUUCCCGAUUUAGCCAUACGGCUCGCACUCCCUCUAAGGGGAAAAUUGACUCAUCCCAGAUACCUGCGGUAUCAAAAGGAUUGAGCUCUGGUGGGACUCUUUCCGUGUUACCGAGCCCUAGGUGACUUGGAAUGCAGGUGUAUCUCCCAAAAAUUUUCGGACACUUCUGGCCGUCGCGAGUAGUACAGCUUUCUGCAUGGUCUUAUAAAGAUGUUCAUUCAGACCCAGCUUUUUUAUGCUUUCGAGGAGGGUCUUCGGAAUGACUCCAGUAGUAGACAUAAUAAUCGGUAUCAUCUGGGUACUUUGCAUUCUCCAUUGCCUUCGUAUUUGAAUUUCCAGAUCUCUGUACUUGGCGAUCUUUUCAGUAAAUUUAAUACGUAGAUUAUUGUUGUUAGGUAUCGCCCCAUCAAUUAGUGUUGUUUGUCUUGUUAAUUUAUUAACUAGUACGAGAUCUGGUCUAUUAUGUGCCACUGUUUGGUCUGUGUGCGGUCCCAGUAUAGCUUGUAGUUGCCAUCCUCAAGCAUACUCUCAGGGACGUAUUGAUAAUAUGGGAGAUGGUCGGUUUGGAGAAGUCCCAGCUUGAUAGCUAUCUCCUGAUGAAGGAUUUUUCCCACUGCGUCAUGCCGUUCCUUGUACUCAGUUGCAGCAAAUGCCUGGCAGCCCCCUGUAAGAUGUUGGAUGGUUUCUUGGGCUUGACAUCCAUAUCGGCAUCUGUCGUUUUGAACAUGAGGGUCUUUGAUGAUAUAUUUCAGGUAAUUUCUGGUUGGUAUAACCUGAUCCUGAAUGGCCAGUAAUGAACCCUCCGUUUCAGGGAACAUCUUUCCUGAUGUCAACCAGUAGUUCGACGCUAUAUUGUCGACAUAAUCUUGGCUGACCUCAUUGGGAUGUCGCCCGUGCAGAGGUUUACCCAUCCAGGCGCGCACUUUUUCGUCCUUAGUAAGGUGGUUUAUGCGCAGUUCUGCUUCCCUCAGUUUUAUCGGUGUUGUGUCAUCUACUGCGCAGAUAGCACGAUGUAGAGUAGAUAUUUCAGCCUGCAUCUGAAAAUAAGAUAGCAAUGCUGAUGGAAGUGUACUGUACCUUUCAUUUGCAAUUUGCAAAAUUAAAAUCGAUUAACUACCACGGCGUCAGGAAAUUUUUUAAAUAAACAUUAAUUUUUGGUGCUACGCGCAGGACAGCGGUGUUCGAUUCACACAAGUUGAUUUCCACCAAAAUUUCUUCUAAUCUUUAUCUAAUAUAUUAUUUUCUUACUCUAUAUUUUGUUGUAUUUUAAUAUUUUAAUUCCACAAAAAUCAAACUAAUUUUAUUAUUGUUUAUGAAAUAUUGUUUAAACAAUUGCAUUUAUGUUUAAAAAUAAUAAACUUUUAUUCUCUAAAUUAAAAUAUAUAAACAAUAAAGUUUUUGCUAAUAAAAGUGUUAUUUCAAAGGAUAUAGUAUGUGUUUUUAUUUUGCAAUAAACAAAUUUAUUUAUUUAUACCGAAAUGUAAUAAAAAUUAAAAUGUAUCAAUCAUUAUCAAAGGUCAUUGGAAUGCCCAAUAAGAGCAAACUACCCGCUGUCCUGCGCGUAGCACCAAUAAUGAAUGUUUAUUUAAAAAAAUGCCUGACGCCGUGGUAGUUAUUCGAUUUUAAUUUUGCAAAACUGCAAAUAAAAGGUACAGUACACUUCUAUACGCAAAAAAAUGUCAACUUGUUCUCUGCUUUAUUUUCAGUCCUGUAAUAUUUUGAAAAAAUUAAUUUUUUUUGCGAAAGCUGGAUUGCAAAAUUUAUUUUGCAAAAUCUAUUACACCGAUCUUAAUGAAGUUUACAGUAUUAUUUUAUUGUAUCAUAAAGUUUUUCUGGGUAAAAUAUGAAUGUCCUAAGUGUAGCACAAAUGGUUGAAAAACGUAAAAUGCGAAUACUUGUUUUUGUAUGUUUUUUUCGGAGUUAUUGCUAUUUUGCAACAAGGGUGACUAUUGUUUAAAUUCUUAACCAAUUCUAUAUUGUAGGAAAUUUAAUUAGACAACUUUUAAGUUAGUACAACUUUUCUCGGAAAUGAAUACUUUAUAAGUUAUAAUCAAAAAACGAAGAGAAAAAUCGAAUUUUUCCUUCAUUUUUUGACAUUUUGAUUAUUUAAACAAUGUUCCGGACCUUUUUGAGAGGGAGGAUAACUCAAAUAUUAUUAUUUGAUUUAUUUUCAAGCAAUUUCUGCAAAAAAAUUUGAGUCACCUCUCUACGUCCAAAUGUGCUAAUAUUUUUACAGAUGAGCCCUGGUCUAGUAUCACAGAGCAUUAAAACAUCUGCCCUCAUAUCUUUACAGUAAUAGCUGACUGUUACCUACAACCAUCAUAGUCAAAGUACAAUUUUUUGUUGACUGGGAUAUGAAAUAACCUAAAUAAUAAUAACAAUUGGCGGCUGUGUUGUGAAAACGUUAUCAACAAAUUAUUUUUCUUAAUUUCUUUUGAUAACGAUUUCCGGAGUGUAAAUCGAAACGUUAAGAGUAUUUUUAGUUAAAUAUGUAAUUGUCAUUAUAACCUAACUGUGGCUAAUACCAUAUAAACACAACAUUUAACUUACUGUUUCUAUAAUAGUUUUUUUAACAUCCUAAUUUACUUUCAAAAACAAAUGAUUUAAUAAAUAUAAAAAUUAACAUUAAAAAUGUACAUAAUUUACAAUUUUAUGAUGAAAUUUUUUUGACAGUUAGAACACAACUUCAGGUGAGAGGGGCCUUAUUAGCCUUCGCUUGUUUAGUAGAAAUUUUAUGAUGAGGAAUUGGGACAUACUCAUAUUAUGAGAGACUAAACGGAGAAACGUAUUCCAUACUCAUAGGUAAGAAUUAAAUUCAGAAAAUUAAAGAGACGUCAAAGGUAUUGUUAGUUUAAUAUCUACGAACUGAUUUUGCAAAAUUUUACGUCGGGUUGUUGUAGAAGCUCUGGAGAAAUAAGAAUUUUUGACAGACUUUUCUAAAAAGAUUUUUGUCCAGUAAUUUUUGAUGUGUCCACUACCUUAAAAAUCGGUAAUUUUUGAUGAUGUCUCGAAUUUCCUAAGCCUGUCGUCCUAUUUAAGUGAUAUUUAAUAUGUCAUAGCCCUAUUAUUUAACAAUAUCGCUGUAAUAAUAUUUUUGCUUAACAGGUAAAUUUUCAUUGUAUACCGGGUGUACGAAUAAAACUGUGUUUUUUUCUCAAAGUUCUGUGUUCCAAACACCGUGUGGAAUAUUCUAGGAUUUAUAAAAUCCUGAAAUUAAAACCAUCAAUCGCUUAUACGAGAGAUGGCGCUGGAUUGCGUCUCAAAAGGUGGAAUCAUUGUAUCGCGAUGGUUUCCCUUAAAUAGGCAUAUUGUUGAUAUUUCUUUCAGAGUUGUGACUGCAUAACUUCACUGAAGAUGCAUGGGAUGCUGAAAUAGCUAUAUGGAGAUGGUGCUCCAACUCUGAAUCAAAUAUAAACAAAAACUGCCUUUAUCUUUUUCAUCUUUACUCAGAUUUUGAGUAUGUAGAAACUGUCUUUCGGUCCUUUUCCUAGACAAAGAGGAGGUAAAUGCGUGACCUAAGUGUCAUCUAUUUGCUUUUUCCUAUUUUCGUCGUCUGUUGUGCUUAUAUAUUGUAAAAGCCGGAGAUACAGGAUGCAGCCAGAAAGCAGUUUAUUAACGAAAAGUCUUAGAUUUAAAAUAUUGUUAAUUGUAUUUUUAUUUCAAUUAUUCUAAUUGUUUAAAAAGUAGUAAACUUUGUAUCUAGGGCUUUUCGUUGUUUUCCUCGUAAUACGAGAGAUGUCGCUGGAUUGCGUCUCAAAAGGUGAAAUCAUUGUAUCGCGAUGGUUUCCCUUAAAUAGGCAGAUUGUUGAUAUUUCUUUCAUAGUUGUGACUGCAUAACUUCACUGAAGAUGCAUGGGAUGCUGAAAUAGCUAUAUGGAGAUGGUAGUCCAACUCUGAGUCAAAUAUAAACAAAAACUGCCUUUAUCUUUAUCUAUCUCAAUCGCUUAUGUUGGAUAAUACAAAAAGUUAGGUACUUUAACAACUAGCUAUGUUUUUCAUCAAUACAUGGUGUGCGAUAAACUUUAAAGGACAAUUCUACAUUACAAAGAACAACUUAUGUCCGCAAAUGCUUCGUUUCCGAGUUAUGGGGUCGGUCAAACAAUGCGCAAUAACUACCUCUUGAAACCUACCAAAUUUCAAUUGCAUAUGUCAACCGGUUUGAGAGCAAUGAAUAAAUUGUCAGUUGGCAAGAAAAAUUUCAACAUACCGUGUCUCGGAAACGAAUCAUUUGCGAACAUAAUAUGUUUAUAAACCAAACUGUCAUUAUUUUCUCAUUCAGAAUUGCCCCAGAAAGUGCAUCAAAAGUUUGACGCACUUAUUUAGAAACACCCUGUAUUGAUGGCUAGAACAUGGCUAGAUGUUAAAGUACGUAACUUUUUUAUUAUCCAACAUAAGCUUAUGAAUUAAAAAACAGAAUAUUAAAAAAAGGCUAUAGGUGGGUUUUAAUUUCUGUAUUUUAUAAAUGCUAGAAUAUUCCACCCACAGGGUGUGGUGAAUUUCAAGAAAAAACACAGUUUGAUUAGUACACCCGGUAUACAGUGACAAAUCACCUGUGUAGCAACAAUUUUAUUACACCGAUAUUGCUAAAGAAUAGUGCUAUAACCUAUUAAAAAAAUCACUUAAAUCGGACAACAGGUUUAGGAAAUUCGAGACAUCAAAAAUUACCCAUUUUUAAGAUGCUGCGUUAAUUUCUUAAUAGAGUAGUCGCAGCGGCUCUCAAUUUGUGGUACAUGUGCCACCGGUGGUACACCAAAACAGCAAAACGCAAAAACAGCCAAAAUCAGCUGCACCACUAUUAUAGUUAAUUAGAUCACCUAGCUAGAUAGGUAUUUCAGUUAGGUGGUACCAAAAGUAAUAAAGAGUAUUUGAUGGUACAUGACCCAAAAAUAUUGAGAACCCCUGGAGUAGUGUAUUAAUUGGUUUUAUAACUAUUGAAGCAACACAUGAGUUUGUAUUAUCUAAAAUCAUUUUAAAUUGUUGUUAAAUGCCUAAUUAUUUUAAGGCUUGUUUUUAUUUUUUUUUAAUUUUUUUAUUACUAAUAAUAGGAGCUUUUAUUUCAUUACUCUCAUUUGUAGAGUUGUUGUUGUUGUUGUUGUUGUUGUUGAGUUUAUUUGAUACAAACUACGUACAAUAUUGCAACAGGCUCAUUUGAUUGAACAUCAUAUAUCAGAAGACACCUUUGUAGUGGUAUUGGUAUAAACAAAAUUAAAUGGGCUGAUUUCAUUCGAUCUCAUCUCAAAGACACAAAUUCUGACACAUGGAAUGAGAAUGAAAUAUUUUCCACCGAUUAGCCACUCCCCGUAUCCGUGGCCUUGUAAUUUACUUCAUAAAAAAGGUGAAUAUACUUCUUUUACUGUUUUUGUUUUUAACUCAUAAACUACGAUAUGAUUUGGCUGUACCAAGAGCUACUAAUCACCAUCCGAGGAGCUUUUGUCUGAAGUCGCUCCAAUAUUACAAUAUUGGAUACGAAAUCGCAUCAAAGUUAAAUACCGUCAAUAAAGAUAGUUUUUAAAAUCGUUUUCCAAACUAGUAGUUUAGUUGUCAGUUUGUUUAGUAAUACGUCGUUUAAGUAUUUAUUGUUGCUCAGUCUAUUUCUAACAGCAUUUUCUACAUGGGUGCUAGAUCGAUAGAUAGAUUCAAUGAGGGGUUUUUUGGCAUAUUCCACUACGACCUUUUCAGAUCUAUUGUGACCCUCUAGCCCUAGAUUACAUUCUCUAGCCUGACUCUUUUUAAAAGGUCUAAUAAAUUCGAGACUGAACCUUCCAUGUAGCUCUUUGCUGGUGGCUUUGCUUCGCCUAAUGCAAAGAACCGUACAUUCUCUUUCUUCUUCUAGGUGAGAAAAUCUGCAUAGGUCAUCAUCUGUCAAUCCCAUCAGCUUCAGCUGCCUAUUCAGUUUACAGUGUACUAUUAACAGACCUACUACUGGCUUUGAUUGCUUUCAUGUCUUUGUUUAUUAGGUAUACCAUAAAUUUUGGCGAAUACCUUCCUUGCAUCGGAAAGUUAAUUUUCUUAUUUCGAAAAAUGGUGUCAUUUGGGAUUUCUAGACCUCUUCCCGAGACUCAGAAUCAAUUGAGAAGGUCUACGAAACCCCUUUUGUCAAAGGUUUGCUACCACUGACUGUAUAUAGAUGUGUCCCUGAGCCCAUGGUUAUUUUUCUUACCCUAACUUUUGGACUCAAUUCCCAUCUUCAUCCUGUACGAAGACAGUGCAUGAUUGCGGCUUUGGUAUAAUAUAUUCCACCUCCACAACCCUGAGGGAUGACCCUCCCAAAGCCUUAGGGUUCGAAUCGCUUCCUUAGCCACCUCGCACUUAUGUCAUCCACACAGUUAUCUUCUAGGAAACCCGGCCUGUGGGUACUCUUCAGGAAGCGAACCUCAGGUCCUGCUUCCGGAAUUUCUUCAUAAGCCACUAAGAUGGCUUCUGGGAAUCCGGAUGGUUCAAAUUUAACAAAAGCGGCACCUCCUAAAAGUCACACCCUCGGUUCUUGGCCUUUUCCCCUUUGCACUGGAUUUCGGGUGGUGUGCUUCCGUCUGACCUUGGACGUUUAGCCUCCUGAGUUUGUUUUUGUUUUGGCAUGGCUUCUAAUGGCUAUGAUGACCAUCUAUUUUGCGCUCUCAGCGGCCUUGAAAUUGGACUUGAUUACAGCCCUUUUGCUUUGUAUGUAAUAUUGACCUUGUUUCACCAUCUUACUGAUUUUGGCUUUAGAAAUGCCAGAUAUCCUUGCAGUCUUACUCUAGUAAUAUGUAAUGAGAUAUGUAAUAUGUAAUGAGAUCAACGUCUUCCAACGCUGUUACUCUGACAAACUUUGUGCUUCCUUAAAUUUUUUAGCUUUGGAGAUGUGUUUAGAACUUGCUGGCUUUUCGGCGUUCGGAUUUUCUCUAGACGUUCUCUGCCCUUCGGUUUUAGGAACCGUGGUUCUGGCUUUGAAGUUCCCUGGCUUAUCGGCCUUGGGAACCGUUUGGCCCUGAGUUUUUUCUUUUUUUCUUUCCACCAUAUUGGUUCCACGAGUAGCUAGCAAAAGAUAGUCCACCUCUAGCAGAGCCCCGCUUGUGAGGGUAAGUUAUAUAUGCGAUAGGGUGCGAUACGUUACCCCAAAGGAAUCGCUUACGACACUGUCACCCUAGUGCCUUAUAGCCUUCACCACGGUGUCUCACGGCUUGGCUUAGGUAAUUCUUUAUCGACUAUAUUCCGAUGGGUUCAGUUUUAACAGGGCCACCUCGAGAAGAGUGCAAUUGUUGGGAGUACCCUGUGGUCUUGGGACUUUGUAAGGAGGUCCAAAGUCCAAGGGCUCUCCGUGCACAGCUCUUUCAUGAUAUUCAUUCUUUCUCCCCUUAGCUUUACGCUGAUUAGAAAUGGAACACAUACCUUGGCUCCUACAUGAGUGUUAUAUUUGUAACAUUUAAGUUUAUCGUUGAUCUAAACAUAUUUCCAAGCCUUUCAUGUAUUGUUGCUGUUUUAGAUAUUGUUUUAAUGUGAAUACAUCCGAUAUGAAGCAGUUUCCUCUAAGCUCAGUGAAGACAAAAGGAUGGUUGGUCUGAUUUGAGAGAAGCAUUGUUUAAUAAUAUUAGCUGGUUUACUUCAUCUUUCAUCAUUAAUCAACCUUUUUUUCAAUUUAUGAUGAUUUACUCAAAUAGUCUGUAAAGUGUAUUGCUAAGGAAAGACAUCACCUAGAUAAUAGACUUUUUUCAUUGUAGAGUACUUUUUCUAUCUUUAGUAAGCGCAAUACAUUCUCGUUCAUGAUAUUUAAUGUUCAUUGUAGAGCGAAAAUAGUUUACAGUUUUUCUCUCGGUCUAGACAUCAAACAGAAGUAAUAAAAGCUCUAUUAAUCUUUACAAUUAUGAGGAAAAACAACUCCUUAACACUUAAAGUUGACAACUAAAUAGAAAAAAAAAAAAAGAAUGAGUACAUUUUAUCCGUACGAGACUAUUUGAUGGAUGAGUGAUGUAAAAGAAUGAAAAAAAUUAAAAAUUUAUUUUUUUUUUAAGAGAGCAAAGGUUAAAUCAGAGUCCCCAAUAGGAAUAUGUUGAGUUCGUGGCUACUGUUUUCUUUUUCAUAAUAUACAAAUCCCAAAUCCUUUUAAUGUUAUGAAAAUAGUAAUUCAAAAAAUAUAAAAAUGACAUAAUUUACAAAAAGUGUGGACAGAAGUUAUUAGGUUUUGUUUUUCAUACAUUUCUGCAAAGGACAUUAAUAGGUAUUCACAAUCCUGUGUACAGUUAAACAAAACAUGUAUUGCCUUUGGGCUAAUUAAAACCUAUAGCUGUCGUAUA